AUGGAUCCCCAUACUGGACAGGAGGAGCGAUUUAUUGAGGGUGGGGACGAUUCAGGAAAAGCUAAUAAAUCAUACAUCGGAGAGAAACUACGGCAAAAGGUUGCGAAACCCAUACAAUCGAGAUUCAAGACAUUCAUGGCACCAUCGGUUUCUUCAACGGAUUUGACAGACUUGGAAAUGAGUACAACGAAUUCGAGUUUACCAAUCAGCAAAUCUGCUGUGUACGAACCGGUUGAUCAGAAACUAUCACCCAAGGAAACAGGACUCACAGAGUACUCGGAGCAUAUUCCAGCCAAACAGUUCGAAAGACGCACGCGAUUUAUCGGGAUUGAGUUUGGGAAAUGGCGGGUUUUUGCGCGACAUUUCUUCGUCUUCGCAGCUCUGGUGAUUUGCAUCUAUAUUCCAUGUUGGUACCUGCCAGCGGGAUUUCAUGUCAUAGAAAAGAACAGUUCGCAUCCUUUCAUGUACGAUUGUUAUGGGAGUGGAAAUGGAUGGACCUUUCUCGCCAUCGAUUUAAUUGUGGCCCGCAAUUUCAGUUUCGGUACAGCGAAAACUCUCGAUCUGGCUUGGAAUUGGGCUGUUGGUAGAGGAGUUCAGGGACUCUUAAGUCUGCUUGCCUAUAGAGUUUUUAGUGAUGCGUUGCUUCGGAUGACUGAGCUUACGCCAUUGUCUUACGAACUCUAUGCUAGUAUCGCGCUUUAUUCUAACAGAUUCGAGGUGAUGUGGUAUACAAUGAAGGGCCUAGGCAGGUUUGGAGGGUGGAGAGUCAAAGCUAUUUUUUCAUGGCUUUUGCUUUCUAUAAUCUACUUACUAGUGUUUCCAAGUUUACUAGAUGCUACGACUGGUUACGAUGCUGCCCAGGUUGCAAAAUUUACCUGGCCGAAUGGAACGGUGCAAAGUUCCGAGGAUAUAUAUGGAUCUGCUGGAUUUACCAUGGAUGAUAACAGUAGCAUAGUUACGAUAUCAGAAAUAUGCGUCACAUACACGUACACACCGGACCAAGGAGUUUCAAACUUCAGCUACACACAACCUAGCUGGUAUAACUAUACCUAUAAAGGGCGCAUCUCUAGAAAUGGCACGAAUACCACUCGACCUUUGCACACAAUAUCUAGCUUUGGUUGUCCGGACACGCAAUCUUCCGACAACUUGAGUCAUACGACUUUUAACGUUUACAAUUGGACAGACCCUGAUCUAAAUAAAGCCUGGUGGUCACACUUUGAAUCUGACCCCUGGACUUCACAGAGUCAUUAUUGGAAAGAAUGGGGUUUCGCACCUACCAACUCCGAUAAUUUCUCAUGUGACACGAAGAAUAACGUGUAUCAGUGGGGUUUCUCAUAUGAAUGGUUGUUUAUCACCGUCAUCGCCAACAGCGUUUUUCUGGUGGGCUUAUGGAUACUAUGGUUGGAAUGUGAUAUCAACAGCGAGCUCUGUAAGAAAGGUCGAAGACUUGGGAUUUGGCGUGCUAUUGCCGAUUUGUCGGAGGCUAUGAGAGAAGACCUUGGAGAUGAGAUGUGCGCGUAUUCGAAUGGGGAAUUAUGGACGGAAUUGAACAAAAUGCCUCCCGUCAAAUACUACGUUACGGAGAGCGAGCAAGGAGAGCCGGCACAUAUUGGUCUUUCAUCAAGGACUUCUGGGAAGAUGAGGUUGAGGUGGGGUCAGAAGUAUGGGAAGAAGGACAGAUGA